AUGGCGUCUAAGAAGCCAUGGAGCGCCUUCGCCCUGGCGAUGGUGCUCAUGGCCAACUUGUUACCACUGGCAGCAGCGCUCCCGAAUCUCCGUAUCAUGCCCCUUGGAGAUUCCAUCACUAAAGGGAGUGGCUCCAGUGGUAUCGUUGGUUACCGAGGCCCCCUCCGUCGCAAACUCCUGAGCCAAGGCAAGGACGAUGGAAUUACCGUCGACAUGAUUGGCAGUCUUACAGACGGCAAUAUGCCUGACAACAACCACGAGGGCCAUAGUGGAAGGUACCUAGACGAGAUCAACACGUACUGGAAACUAUCCAUCAAAGCCCGCCCCAACUUAGUUCUUAUCCAUGCCGGCACAAACAACAUGGAUAAGAACCGUGACCUUGAUAUUGCCCUCGAUAUCUACCGGAAUAUGAUCGACGGCAUAUUUACCGAAGCCCCCGAGGUCACCAUCCUUAUUGCCCCUAUCAUCUGGGCCAAUAAGCCGGCCAUGCAAGUCAACACCGACCACUUUAACCCGCAACUCGAGGCCCUGAUCAAGUUGAGGCAGCAGCAAGGAAAGCGCAUCCUUCCUGUGCCCAUUGACAUCGGCCCUGGUGACCUCUGGGAUGAGAAGCACCCCAACGACCAGGGCUACGAGAAGAUGGCCAAUGCUUGGCUCAAGGCUAUCCUGGAAGCCGACUCUCGCGGAUAUCUGAAAAAGCCCGUCGCCAUGACCGACGACGACGCCCCGAACACGGGUAUCGGAAACUCGGCCGACGGCGGCUCCGAAAUCGGCGGCUCUCACGGCAAGAUCUGGGAGAAGAAGGGCACUAUCUUUGAGGGUUUCCGCACCUGGGAAACCGUCGGCACCAUCGCGGCUGCGGCCGAGAACGGCAGCCGUGACAAGCUGAUUCUGGCUGACCUCAACGGCGAUGGCAUCUCUGACUACGUCCUUGCCGAUAACGACGGCACGGUUCGGGCCUGGAUCAACAGCGGCAAGCCCAACUCCUGGACGAGCCUCGGAAAGGUUAACCCGAGCUGGAGCUCUAUCAAGGGUGAUAUGGUCCGGAUGGCCGAUGUCGAUAAUGACGGCAAGGCAGACCUGAUUGUUCUGUACUCGGACGGCGCAGCAAAGGUCUGGAAGAAUAUAGACAACGGCAAGAAGUUUGAAGCCCUUGACUCCAAGUGGGCUACAGGUCUGGCGUCGUCAGAAAAGGUUCAUUUUGAGGAUAUCGAUGGUGACGGAUAUGCCGACUACGUCAUCGUUUACAGCGGUGGCGGCGUCAGAUGGGCGCGCAACACGCACAACAACGGCAAAGAUAGCAGCAAGAAGAACUGGGAGAAUGACGAAGCUAUCGCCCCUGGCCCCGCUGGCAUGCCAGAUAACAGGGCCAGAAUUCGCGAUAUCGACGGCGAUGGCAAGUCUGACUACCUGGUUGUCUAUGAUGGCGGUGCCGUCAAGGCCUGGCGCAAUACCAUUGGAGACGGUGGCACUGAUAACAACUGGGCCGACCUGGGUACCAUUGCGCCCGGCGUGUCGGGCGUUACUGGAAACAUGAUCCGUUUUGCGGACAUGGACGGCGACGGCUUGCCCGACUUCCUCGCGGUUGCUGAUGACGGAAGCAUCCGUAUGUGGAAGAACUUGGGCAUCGCUGGCACUAAGGGCGCCAGCCUCCGGUUUGCCGAUCUGACUGGCGAUGGCAAGGAUGACAUUAUCUCUGUCGAUGCCAAGGGCCGGGCUCGCGCUUGGACUAACAAGGGCGUGGAUAAGUGGGAGUCGAUGGGUGAGAUCGCGCCUGGCCUCGAUGAGGACCUUUCGUCGGCACGCAUCGAGUUUGCCGAUGUCAACGGUGACAAGAAGGCUGACUACCUUGUCAUCUACGGCGGAGGGGCAGUCAAGGCCUACCUGAAUAAUGGUAACCUCCCCAACCCCGGGAACAGUCGCAUCUGGCAGAAUCCCAUUACCCUCUCGCCUGGCGUUGGAGAACCUGGUAGCAAGGUACGCUUUGCAGACCUCAAUGGAGAUGGCUUUGACGACUUCCUCAUCCUCUACGACGGCGGAGCGGUCAAGUGCUGGCUCAACAACAAGAACGUGCCGCCUAAGGGUGGCGAGCGCAUCUGGGGGGAAGGCCAGAUCGUGGCAACAGGCGUCGGCGAGCCAGGUAGCAAGAUCAGGUUCGCCGAUCUCACAGGCGACGGUAAGGCCGACUACAUCGUCCAGUACGAUGGAGGCGCCGCAAAGGCCUACCGCAACCUGGGUAAAAUCGGUACCAGUCAAAGUGGGCGGAAAUGGAGCCUCAUUGGUACGGUUGCUACCGGAGUUAGCCCCCAGGGACCUGUCUACUACGCCGACAUCAACGGAGACAAGAAGGCCGACUACCUCGUUGCUUUUGACGGCGGCGCUGUCAACGCAUAUAUCAACUCAUACGACUGGAUCCCAGAUGAAGGGGAAGACGAUGGCAAGGACGACGAUGACGAGGAUGAUAAUGACAAUGACACCAACAAAUGUACCCCAGCCCCCAAGACAUACAGUAAGAAGCAGAUUGAUCGCGUGGGCGAGUACAUGGAUUGGGAAAAAAUGGAGUGGACAAAUUCGGCCAUCGUGGGCGUGCAAUACGUCACCAUCGUCAACCUCACUCCACACAAGUUCAUUUACGACGUCGACGGCUCCAACUCUUACCAGAUGACCAACUGGGACUUUGCCGACAUCCCUCAGGGCAAGGCGCGGCAGAACGCCGUGGAAUACUCGUCCACGGCGGGGAACAAGGUGGACAGCAAGGGAGAGGCCUAUUACAGCAUUGACGGUACACGCGACAAGUUCGUGGUACGCGUCACCAACCACGAGUUCGCACUCUACCCCAAACGGAUUGUUUUCGACCUGAACGACAUGGGAGCUGGUUCAAGAGAGUAUAACUGCCCCCAGGUGGAAACACCUGUCACUCUUGUCAUUACGGGCAGCGCCGACUACGAGCAUGGGUACAUUACAUCACUAGUACACGGUGGAGCAGGCUGGAUGCAGAGCAUCAAGGACGUUAUCAAGGACCGCCGCCUGAAUGAGAUUGUAAUUCCAGGAACUCACGAUGCCGGCAUGACCAGGAUCAGCAACGGCCUGCUAUCUCUUGGCUCGGCGGACAACACACAAACCCAAAACCUCAAUAUCAAAGGCCAGCUAGAGGCCGGAUCGCGUUGGUUCGAUCUCCGAAUUGCCUCGGUACACAAGCCAGGCAAUGACAACUACGACUUCUGGGCCAUUCACGUGAACAAGGAGCUUGGCAACCCGGCGAUAGGAGCAGCAGGCGAGAAGUUGAGCGAGGUCAUAGACGAGAUCAACGAAUUCACCAGCAAGAACCCCGGCGAAGUUAUCAUCCUCCAGACCCGGGCACUGAUGGGUCUUUACCAAUCCCCAAGAGGCCCUAUCCUCUGGGAUGACGGCCUGAAGGAGGACUUUUUCGACAAGCUCAGACGGAUCAAUAACCGUUGCCCGAACCUGAAUCACGAAAACAGCUUUGAGACUUACAAGAUGGGCACUUUGAUGGGCCAGAACAAAGGCAAGGGAUGCGUCCUCAUCUUUCUGAACACGGGGAAUCUCGAGGAAAAGAUUGAAGAGAAAGACCGCAUUUCAGAGAAGGACGGUAUCUACAACAAGGAUUCCAUGAAGUUGACUGAUGCAUGGCCGAACAAGAAAAACACUGAAGAUAUGGCCGAGUGGGCGGUGACCGAGUGGAAGAAAGAAAAGACCGACAUGUACAUUGGCCAGUGGGUGGUCACAGCCAACUAUGCUCCUGGCGGUGAGACGCGCUCCAUUUUGCAGACCUCUGUCCUUGCCACAAACCCGGCACUGUACUGGCGCGGCGUCAACGAGAUGUCGCCCACAGCCUUUCCCAACGUGCUGCUGGUCGACUACAUCGGCAACGUGCUCCUCAACGUGAAUGAGCCAGAUUGGGAUGACCUCAGCGCUGAGAUGCAGGUCCUCGCAAUCGGGCUCAACCUGUACAUGAUCAGCGAGAACUGCAAGAUCAACUCGCAGCGACCGCCGCUUCUCCCCAGAGACUCCAAGUCUUCGAGGCUUGCUAGUGGUCGGGGCAAGGCCAAGUCGUGGAACGGCGUCGUCUUUGCCAACGGUACCAGGUUUGACCAGCCAAUCUCUGGACGACGUCUUGGGUGCUCCAAGACUCUCCUCAAGGGCACUGUGUUCGAGAAUGGAACAGUACUGGAUCGGGAUGUGCCGAACCCGAGAUGCCAGCCGGUGAAGGCACAGGCACCUAAUGCUACUUUGCCAAGCUUCACUCCAACUCCAAGGGCAAUCCGACGGCGAAAGAGAGCUUCUCUGUCUGUCACGGCUUGA